AGGCCUUCCAAGUGAACACGGAAGCGCACCUCCAGCCAGUGCUGUGCUCCAGCAUUUUUGACGACGAGGCUAAAGACGAGAAAGCCGAGGAGAAGAAGGAUGACGAAGGCAUUUUGACCCGACAUCACCUGGCCCUUUUGAAGCUCAUCGCGAAGGAAGCCGGCUGCGAGCCGGCGGAGAUCGUUGAUGCGGACCUUUGCCUCAUGGACGCGCAGCCCUCCAACUUGGUGGGCCUCUACAAGGAGUUUAUCUCCUCCCCCCGCAUCGACAAUCAGCUCUCAACCUGGGGAGCCUUUGAGGGCCUGUGCGACUUCGCCAAGGAUGCCAAUGCCGUGGCGGAAGCCAAGGACGUGUGCCUAGCAGUGUCCUUUGACCACGAGGAGGUUGGCAGCCAGUCAUUCACUGGCGCGGAUGGCGUCACGCUGCCCGUGUGGCUGGACCGCGUCAUGGAUGCGUUGGCGGUCUCGGACACGCAGAAGCCGGAAGUUCUGGCACGCAGCUUCAUGGUCUCCGCAGACUGCGCCCAUGCCUGCCAUCCGAACUAUGCUGCGAAGCAUCAGGCAGAACACCGUCCCUUCUUCCACAAGGGCAUCGUCAUCAAGACGAACGCCAACCAGAGGUAUGCCACCACCCCCUUGACGGCAGCUCUUUUUAGAGAAGUCUGCAAGCGCAGCGACGUGCCGGUGCAGGAUUUUGUGGUGCGGAACGACAGCCCUUGUGGCAGCACCAUAGGCCCCAUCAUCUCGUCCAAGACCGGAGUCCGGUCCAUUGAUGUCGGUGCUCCACAGUGGGCCAUGCACUCCUGUAGAGAGACCUGUGCCAGCAGUGAUGCGCUGCACAUGCUUAACCUCGCCAAGGCUUUCUUCGCAUACUUCCGCGAAGUGGACAACGCCGCGGCGAAGCUGUGAGAGCAGACAACGGAGCAAAGUGGUGAAUAUGACCCACUAUCGGUGAAGCGGUGA